CGUUAAACCGAGAAGAUGUCGCUGUACGAUGACUUGGGAGUGGAGACCAGUGACUCAAAAACAGAAGGCUGGUCCAAAAACUUCAAACUCCUCCAGUCUCAGCUGCAGGUGAAGAAGGCGGCGCUCACCCAGGCCAAGAGUCAGAGGACAAAGCAGAGUACAGUUCUUGCCCCCGUAAUUGACCUGAAGCGGGGCGGCUCUUCAGAUGAGCGACAGAUCGUGGACACCCCGCCGCACGUGGCCGCUGGCCUCAAGGACCCGGUUCCCAGUGGGUUUUCUGCAGGAGAAGUUUUGAUUCCCUUAGCCGAUGAGUAUGAUCCCAUGUUCCCUAAUGAUUAUGAGAAAGUAGUGAAGCGCCAAAGAGAGGAGCGACAGAGACAGCGGGAGCUGGAGAGACAGAAGGAAAUAGAAGAGAGAGAGAAGAGGCGUAAGGACAGGCAUGAAGCUAGCGGGUUUUCAAGGCGCCCAGACCCAGACUCUGAUGAAGAUGAAGAUUACGAGCGAGAGAGGAGGAAGAGAAGUAUGGGCGGAGCUGCCAUCGCACCUCCCACCUCUCUCGUAGAGAAAGACAAAGAGCUGCCCCGAGACUUCCCUUACGAAGAGGACUCCAGACCUCGCUCGCAGUCCUCCAAAGCUGCCAUCCCUCCCCCCGUGUACGAGGAGCAGGACAGACCCAGGUCCCCGACUGGCCCCGGCAACUCCUUCCUCGCCAACAUGGGCGGCACAGUGGCGCAUAAAAUCAUGCAGAAGUACGGCUUCCGGGAAGGCCAGGGCCUCGGGAAGCACGAGCAGGGCCUGAGCACUGCGCUGUCGGUGGAGAAGACCAGCAAGCGGGGAGGCAAGAUCAUCGUGGGUGACGCCACUGAGAAAGAUGCAGCCAAGAAGUCGGAUUCAAAUCCAUUAACUGAAAUACUCAAGUGUCCUACUAAAGUGGUCCUUCUGAGGAACAUGGUUGGCGCAGGAGAGGUAGAUGAAGACUUGGAAGUUGAAACCAAGGAAGAGUGUGAGAAAUACGGCAAAGUUGGAAAAUGCGUGAUAUUUGAAAUUCCUGGUGCCCCUGAUGAUGAAGCAGUACGAAUAUUUUUAGAAUUUGAAAGGGUUGAAUCAGCAAUUAAAGCUGUUGUUGAUCUGAAUGGGAGGUAUUUUGGUGGACGGGUGGUCAAAGCGUGUUUCUACAAUUUGGAUAAAUUCAGGGUCUUGGAUUUGGCGGAACAAGUUUGACUUUAAGAACCAGAGCCCAAGUAACCUCCAGCAGUCCUUCGGUGACUUGCAGGCGGAGCAGAGAAGAGCAAGAGGACAGCCGGCCUGCACGGCUGUGGGGCGCAGAGACUCUGGGAAGAAGGACUUCUGAGAUGUGUGCUGAUUGGUCCCUUUUUUAUUUUGUGGUUUUUUUUUAAAUAUAGUAUAAAAAUCCUUCAAAACAAAACAAAACAAAACAAAAAAACAAUCUGUGUGCCUCUCUGGUUGUUCUCAUUUUUACGGCCACUCCUGAGGUGAUUACAUUUUGCUAGGAUUUCAUGAUCAUUCUCAAGUGCUUCAGUGAUACAGCAUUUCUUGCACUAAAAAAUCUAGAAAGUUUUGGGGUAUGGGGUUGUGUUACCCUUUAGUUUUCCUUUUUUUUUUGAGUCAUUUUAAUAAAACCUGCAAGUUACUGAACUGUAGCUUCAUAAAUUCUAUAAUAAAGUAUCAUCUUGGCGGUCUGCCAAAGGUGAAAAUGUCUGCUUUCUCUAACAGAGAAAUUCUUCUUAUUGACUCCAGUCACAGAAAAAGCUCUUCGCGACCUGAACCAAGGUCCAAGAACUGUAAACCUACCGUGACCAGUUUGGACGGAUCAUUUUCAGUUAGGCUAAGUCGGACUGUAGAAUUUGUGGUGAAUUUUGGGGUAUUCGGAUAUAGAAAUCAUGAAUAUAGCGUUUGUUUUCAGAGAUUCAAGGCUUGUCAUUAGCAUAGGUCAGAAAUGACAGGUUAACUCAGAACCUUGCGGGUACAUCAUAAGUGUGCGCCCAAUUGUGUUUUGGAAAUGGUGGGGUUUUUUUGGGGUCACAUUUCUAUUGGCAAAAUUUGCAGUAGUGUUAGUUCUCAUACAUAAGUUUAAACUUUAUAAAAUUCAGCCACAUCAGCUACUUUAAACUGUGCUGCCACUUAACAGAGUUCUGGAAUUGUGAAACAUCACAUCGUUGAAGUGCAGUGAGAUGUGUGGCUUAAACAUUCAGCAGGGCCACAGAACAGAAACAUAAAAAUGCUCUGCGCUAACGUUUGUUGUCAGAGCAGGAGGUGUCUCCAGAAUACGCCUGUGCCUGUGUUCUGUCCCUUGCUUGCCUGAAUGCUGCAUGUGACUUACCUGAAGUGGCACCUGCGGGACAUGCGCCCGCGUUGUCUCUUUGGGUCCUUAUGACUUUUUUAAAAGCGUGUUGUGACCCUCCACGGGGAGAAAGCUCUCGGCAUUUCUUUGCACCCAUGGACUUGGUUUGGAGACAUAAGGAAUAUUCUGACCCUUUUUAAAAAAGGAUUUUCUCAUGUUUUUAUUUAACAUAAAUAAAAGAAUAACAUUUUCU